AUGCCAUACCAAGUCGGUAGUUCCUCGAAAGAUCCACGUGGUGCUUUGAGUGAUGAACCAUCAUCAUUGAGCCGUUUUCUUUCUCGAGAGUCGUCCUUCAUGUCUAAUCGUACCGAGUGCACAGACGACACUGUUGAUGCUUCGGAUGAUUUUGAUGAUGAUGGUUCGGUUUUAUCAGCCGUGUGUCAAGAGGAGUCCGCUCUGCGUCAGGAACCAGCACGUGAUGAUAUCGAAGAUAAUGGCAAUGACAGUAGUGCUUGGGUGUUCGUACACAAGUAUGGCAAGCGAGCAUUGAAAGAAGAUGGUUCUCCUGCAAUACAAUGUUUGGUUGGUAACUGUGGAAAGCUUAUCGCCAGCAAGUACUCGUCUACCUCUGGGUUUAUCAAGCAUCUCGGCAAACAUCAAAUCAACAAGAGCAAUGGUCCUCAUGUCAAUAGUGGUGACAAGCGUGGCCCAAUGGAUGUCUUCGUUCAUGGGAAACGUGCUCGUACAUUCAACGCUGAAGAAUUCCAACGAGUGGUUGUCAAGUUCUUGGUGACAAGCAAGUUGCCAUUCACGACCUGUGAGAAUGCUGCGUUACAAGAGCUGCUUGAAUUGGCACGAAUUGCACCUACCGCAUCAGGCGUUCAACUUCCUUCGGCACGCACCUGCACGAGAAAAACUGAGGCGGAAUAUGAAAUGGCUCGCAAUCGAUUGAAGGAGAUGUUGAGGAAGGUACCAGCUGUGUCAUGUACCUUGGAUGGCUGGACAAGUCCUUUCAACCAAGCAUUCCUUGCUGUGACAGCACACUGGAUCGAUCAGCAUACAUGGACCAUGAAGGAGGUGAUCAUCGGCUUUGAGCCCAUCAAUGGCCCACACACUGGUGAAAAUCUGGCUGCUGUAUUCAUCGACGUCCUUGAGGAGUUUGACCUUGGCAGAAGGCUCUUCACCGUUACCACCGACAACGCCGCCAACAUGACAACGAUGGUGCGUCAUGUGAUGGAAUAUGGCAAGCAAGAGUCCAAACAGUGGCCCUUUCGUUUGCGCCAUCAUAUCCCAUGCGUCGGCCACAUCUUUAAUCUCGCUGUGCAGGCGAUCCUCAAGAAUGGCUUAAAGGCCCAAGCACCCGAUAACGUGAUCGAACAUGACAUUUCAGAUGAGCCUGCCACUCCACUCGCCAAGCUACGAAAAGGGAUCCUAAAGAUUAGAUCCUCGCCUCAACGUAUCGCUGCCUUUGAGAGGAGACGUGACGCAAUGGAUUGUCCACCUUUGGCCUUGACACUCGAUGUUCGUACACGUUGGAAUUCAACAUACGAUAUGUUGAAUCGUGCUGUCAAGCUCAAGGAGGCAUACGUUGCCAUGACUGCACCUGGUUCCGAGCUUGAAGAUUUGCCUUGUCAGCAUCAGACUGGACCAAGAUUCAGGUCGCAUGCGUCUGUGAACAUGACCAUAUUGUGCUACAACCGUAUCAUGGAUGCUCUCGAGAAACUUGAAGAACGUAUGAUAGCCACCGAUCCCGAACUUUGUCAUGCCAUUCGUUGCGGCCUUGACAAGUUGGUACGCUACUACAGUCGUACCGACAUGACUGAGGUUUACGCUGUGGCGACUGCACUUGACCCACGUCUCAAGUUCAGGUGGUGGCGCCGUCAUGGCUGGGAAAAGGAAUGGUGCAAAUUCAGUGAAGAUCUGGUACGUGAGGCAUGGCGCAAGUUUUCUGGUGUGGUGGCGAUGGAUGAAGAAGUGACCGAAAGAGCCCAACAACUCCAUGAGCUCUUUUUGACGGAGCUUACAAAAGACGAGCUUUCGGAGUAUGUCGACCAGCCAACGAUAGCUCCUUUGGUGGCUCCUAGGAAAUCCGAUGAGCUUGUUUUUUGGGAGGUGAACCAGGCACAUUGGCCAAACCUUGCCAGUAUGGCAGCUCAAUAUUUGGCAGUGCCUGCUACCUCGACUCCUUCCGAAAGAUGUUUCUCGUCAACACGCCUGCUCCUCCCCCAUGUUCGCAAUCGACUUUCCCCAGGCAUGAUCAAGCAACUCAUGCUGCUUGGCUCUUGGUUCGAUUUGAACAUUCAUUCAUAG